AAUGUGAAACUCACAUCUCCUUCAAUCACAUUUUUUAUUUUACUAUGGAUUCAACAUUCUUAGAUCUUACAAACUAUUAAUAAUUCUAACGAAAAUAAAUUCUUGAAGAUUUUUUUACGUAUAUUAUAUGAAGUAUGAAAAAGAUAAAACCGUAGAUUAUGCUUAAAAUGCUUGUAUAGGUUCCGUCCACUGUGACUUUCGCUUAAUCAAUCUAUUAGUAAGUUACAUCAGUUUAUUAUUGCUAUUAACACACUUUUUUAUGUUGAUUUUAUCUAAUACUUAAACUAUUUUAUAUACAUACUUCAAACUCGACCAAUUUUAACAAUAUUAAAGUAUAACACAUCGAAGCAGGUUCUCCCUCUAACAUAACGAUCUUAUAUUCAAGUGAAACAUGUUCUAAGCAACAAUUAAAAGAACCAUUAUUAUUUAUCACAUUCGUCUUCAACUUUAAACAGUUCUCUAGAAAUUACAAUUAUCUCGUAAACAAACUUCACAGUCAAUCUCAAACCUCAUCUCAUCACCAAUUCCCGCGCGAAAGUUCCUAGUAACCGACGAUCGCGUUUCCCAGCUCCAUUCUCUCGUGGCUAAAGGACGGAACAGACUUUUCCGCGGCAGUAAAAUCAAAGAACCGUUUCGCUCGAUUUUCCGCGAUGCCCCCCCACCGGCCUCAAUUCGUCGGUCGCCGAUUGGCGCGCAAGUUUGAAGCCGUGGCUCUGUUCCUCUUCGGAAGAGUCCUCGGCGCCGGAUGCGAUAAAAGUCCUCCAGUCUGCCCGUACAAACGAUAUAAGUGCGUUCGCGUCGUGUCCGUCGACCGAACCGGCCGGGCGAUCGCGCCGCUUGCGAAAUCGGGCUGGAUAAAAGUCAUUCGUUUUACAGAUGCGCAAGAGGAUCGGGAAGUGGGCGACAACGCGCGAUUCAGCCGCGAGUUCGCAAAUAUCGGUAGCCAGCACGGAACCGCGUGCUCUGGACGAAAUAGCGUUGAUCUGAAAGGUGACAAGGUGAGCGGCGCGAUUGGCGACCAGUGUUUCACGAUGAGCCGUAAAAAGGUGUGGAACUCUAUCAUGCGUCGCAAGAAGAAGAAUCAUUUGGACUUGAGCGGGAGGGAGGAGAGCGACUCGGGCAGCGUUUCGCCGUUGCUAAGAAGGGUUUCCACCCUCCCGAGAAGUGGAAUGGAAUUGAGACACACCAUGGGUCCCGAAAUGUCGAAGUUAUGCGUGUAUACGCAUGAUCCGAGCCAUUUCUUUAUGGAAAAACUCCAUUUGUCAAGUGUAAACAAUAUACAAUCGCAAAAACAACGGGGUUCAUGAAAACAGCAUCGCGACGACCCAUAUUUAGCGGCGUCUCUGUGACCCGUAUCGUGCAUCAGCCAAAGAAAAA